AAGGAGACGCCAAAAAUCAAUAAAUCGAGAGGUUGGUUACUAAAUUAGGGUUUAUAGAAUCUUCCCAAUCUUAGAGAAGAGAAGGAAGAAAGAAGAAGAAGCAGCCAUGUUUCCUGGAAUGUUCAUGGAGAAGCCAGACAAAGGCUUGGCCCUGAAGCAGCUACGGACCCAUGUUGCUUUGUUCGGAAGCUGGGUUGUCGUUAUCCGUGCUGUUCCAUACGUCCUCUCCUAUUUCUCCGAUUCCAAAGAUGAGCUCAAGCUCGACUUCUAAGACGGAGACUCCUUCCCUCUUUUCCGUUUUCAGUGUUGAAGCGGUGGUGAUAUAACAACAGAUGCACUAUGAGGCUGUGGAAGACAUUUUUUCCUACUUUUGUCUAUUUCUUAGGACCUGAAAUAACACCAAGUUGUGAGGCAUGAUGUUAUAUUAUAGUGAUGUUCUUUUGUUUGCUAUUCGUUUUUUAAAUGUACUCUUAAAGCCUUUCUACU